AUGGCUUCCUCUUCUCGCUGGACCGACCUAUCAGAUCAGCUUUAUUCAACUCUUCCAGCCUUUGACGAACUGAUUAACAAAGAUGCUCAAUAUAACGCUUUUGUAAAGACUCCAGCCAUUCUUCCCCAAACUACCUUUGGAAUAGGCACAUCGACCUCAAACAACAUUAUAGUUAUUGCCAUAGAUCAUGGUAAAUGUCAUGCGAGAGUUGGUACGGCCCAGGAGGCUUCAUUCAUACUAUUAGCAUCACUUAGACAUUGGGAGCAAUUCUUUCAGCCAAUUCCAGUGGCUCCCUUUCAAAGCUAUUGGGGUAUGUUUGGAAUGAACAUCAAGCAAAAAGGUAUCGAGAUUCAAGGAGAUCAAAUGUCUUUCACACAGCAUACUCAUAUCUGGAGACGAGUUCUUGAAGUGGUACAUGACGCAUAUUGCGGGCCGAUGAAAUUAGAUGAAGAGUCUGAAGUGGAUGAAGAUUAUGUCAUUGGUCGUUAUGUAUAUUUGACCAUCCCAACAUGGGGGAAAUGCAAAGUUUUCUACGAAAGGGGAUCUGGGAAGCAAGACAUAGUUUUCCUCCAUACGGCAGGUGCAGACGGUCGACAAUAUCAUGGGGUUAUGAACCAUGCGGCCAUGCGUGAGAAGUGCAAUAUGAUAGCUUUUGAUCUACCGGGUCAUGGGAAAAGUUACCCUCCUCCAAAUCACUGUCCCGGUGGUUAUACAGAUACUGAAGACAGUUAUGUCGGUGCAAUCACCGCGAUAGUCAAGAAACUGAAACUAAACAAACCCAUAAUAUGCGGAGCAUCCAUGGCUGGUCAAAUGAUGUCACCAACCACCCCUCUCGCCAACAAACAACUCAUCUGGCACAUGUACAGCGUAUCCGCCUACGGAAUCUUCCACGGAGACCUCGAAUUCUACUUUGGCGGUUUUGACGGCCGCACCCGAGUCUCCAGCAUCGAUACCAAAAAAUGUCCAGUGUUCAUGCUGACAGGCGAAUACGAUUGGGGCAACACACCUGCCGUGUCUCAAGCAACGUGUGAUAAGAUCCCCGGAGCGAGACAUAAAGCUAUGCCCGACAUUGGACAUUUUCCGGCGACGGAAAAGCCGCAGAAAUUUGUCCCGCAUCUUUUGGAAGCGAUCGAUUGGAUUCGCCAUAUGCGCAUGCAGGAUGGGAUGGACAGUGUGGAGCAAAAUGUGUGA